AAUAAAAGUUGGAUUAUACAUUUCCUAAAGCAUUAUAUACUCACUUCUUCUUAAUGCAAUCCUGGUUGUGACCAAUCGCUUCGCUCUCUUCAUAUCAUUCUUUUAGUCACUCGCUACCAUUUGCCUUUUAACUUACUACCCUUGAAUACCUGAUUUACCAAUUAGUGCUUUCCUAUAGUCAGGAUCAUACGUAUCCUGAUUAUUGUUCAUUUCACCCUACCGCUAUAUCAUUCUGUUCAAUUAGUUUACCUUUCAGUGCAUCCUUUGGGAUUUACUUCACAGAUGCCUUCUGUUCUCAAGACCAAAUCAUCCUUCAUUUCGAUUGCACAAGAAAAAGAUAACUUGAUGCCACUCUCUCCUGGUGCUGAAUACGGUUGCCUUCCAAGGCAAGGGCUCAAACAAGCAGUUUCUGCAAGAGAAUUAAAAACUCGCGCAAGUUCAUGUCAAAUCAAUAGUACUUGGCGUUCCGAUGGACAACCACCUAACUUUGACAGACGUAACCCAAGCACCGGUGUUAAAUCAGGAAAAUCAUUUGGCACCUUGAAUUCUCUUGUGAGCUGGUUACGAGACUCAAAGAAAUCGAACAUCAAAUCGUCAAAAAGUAUCUUUGAAUUGAACACCGUAAGACGUUCGACUGAAGACAUGAGUACUACAAACAGAAGAAGGUCCGAAACGGUUCAUAUGAUGAAAUCAUCCACCGUUGGUGCCAAGAACCGUCUUUCUCGUUCUCAUCCACUCAAUGCCGGUUUUUGCUCCAAUGAAACUUCUCUUCUGGACGAUGAAGAAAUCAAAUCAUCGCCUUUGAUCAUGAACACUCAGCAAAGAAUUAUUUCUACACGUGAUGAAGUGCCCAAAAGUGAACCUUCAGUUAAUCGACUUGAAUCGGAAAUCCCAACACGUUAUUCACUCGAAGUUUAUGAAGAAGAAGAUGGAGAUGAUCAUUCAUCUUUUCAUACUGUAGAUGGAAGAGAUGAAGAAACUCAUGAUAAAGAUGGGUUUUGUUUACCUAAAUGGCCUGGUGCUUCACACCAUUGGUCUACUGCUUCUCAUCCUUCUGAGAGGUUUGGUCAAUGGUCUGUGACCGUGGGCAAAGAUGAAGUUUUAUUACCUGUUGAAGGACUUGGGGAUGGUCAAGUUGAUCCAAGUACAUAGACGCGACCUUCGAGCAAUGUAGCACUUUUUUGAUUGAUAGAAGAUCGGAUCUGUGUCUUAUGCUUACCUAUCUUUUUGUUUUUGACGAGCCAUGUUAUGUAAUUCUAGUAUCACUCAUUUAACAAACACAACGGCUUACAAGAUUUUUUUUUCUAUUUAUGAUACCUCAGUGUACUGUCCUUAUCUUUCUAUAUUUCCUGACCUCCACCUGAUCAUGUCGAUUAAACGGUGAAAAAUUACUCCUACAAUAUUUCCAAGCAAACUGAAUCUUUUUCGUGGGAUAAUCGAAAUGGCCAUUUUUGCAUCUUU